AUGCCCCCGGCCACAACCAUCUCCGCCCCCGCCGUCGUCCCGGCUCGCGCCUCCUGCGUCCUCCCCAACGGAACCGACCGCAACCCUAUCUCCAACACCACCUCCAGCCCCGCCACCACCCCCCACCUCCCCUGCACGACCUCCUCCUCCUCCGCCCACGACGACGAUGAUCACGAAGCCUCCAUGUGGUGCAAUCCCGACACCACCGCCACCACCACCAGCCGCCUAGACGGCCUCUGCCAAGCCGGCUCCUGCACCGACCGCACCUGGCAGGCGAAAAGGUGCGUCCAGCUGUGCGUCGACGGCGAGUCGAUGGGCGGCGACGCGCACGUGGUGCUGCUGACGCAGUGCGCGGACAGGAGUUUCUGCUGCGACCGAGACGGGUCGGGGGAGCGGUGCUGCGAGGAGGCCGGCCGGGGGAGGUGGGUUGGUGUCGGUGAGGGGGGCGUCGUGGUGGAUGCGACGACGGCUGUGGCCGAUCCGGAUCGAGCGGUGUUGGCGAGGGCGGCGGAGAGGACGGCGGUGGCGCCUGCGGGUGAGACAGGGGCAACGCCUGCACCGUCUGAUGCGGCUGGUGAUUCGAGUUCGUCCAAUGCGGGGCUGAUUGCGGGUGGUGUGGUGGGUUGCGUUGUGGGUGGCUUGGUUAUUGCGGCGGGGAUUUGUGUCCUGAUGAGGUUGAGGAGCGGGUCGAGGAGUCAUGGCCCACGAGUUUCGACCGACGACGUACCUAUGUCUCCGGAGGGUCCGGCGGCGACGGUUCACAAAGCGGCAAGGCCGGGGAGAAAGUGA